AUGGCAACUCAUUUUGGAAAGAAUAAUCCAUAUACUGAGGGGGAUUUGCAGGAAAUAUUUUAUCUCCUGCGGAAACUUAUUGACAGUACCCAUUCAACAUCGGAAUGCACACACCUUGUAUGUGUGGGGCCAAAGAUUGAUAAGUUGACGAAACUUAUGAAAUCCCUUGCAGUUGCCGAUGCGAGAGCAGCCGUGUACAUGCUUUCGCUAUGCAGCAAUCUUGCCGCGGUGAAGGAGUCAAGACUGCAAUUAAAUGCACCUUUGGUUUUGGACUUUGUUAUGAAUACGGUCCAGGCGCAUCCUGCUGAGAAGCAUGUUCUUUAUGUCGCACUUGUGGCCAUUUCGAAUCUGGCGUAUAUGGAGGAUGCAAGACUCAGUCGCGAGGAUUGUGGGGUGCUUAGCCGACUCAUAUAUCCCGUCUACAUGGAGGGGCAGUUGGUGGAGACGUGGGCCGCGACGAUCUGCAACAUCACCGCCCAUCACCCUGAGACAGUGCAGAUAUUUAUAGAACUGGGCGUGGUGGAAGUUCUGGAGCGUCUCUUGUUAUACGUUGGCGAGGACGGGAAAGUAGCCAUCCGUUGUUUGCAGUGCCUUUCUAACCUUGCUGUGGGAUUCACAGGCGGCCACCCUGCUGCCAUAGCCGAAUAA